UUUAUUUUAGUUUAUCACAACUUCAUUAUACUAAAUAGUAAAUUGUUCACCUUUCAAAACAAAGUAGAACAAACGAAAAUCGAUUUUAGGUAACUAGUACUAGUAUUUUCUUUACCUGAAGAAAUGACGACUCCUAGAUCAAAGUCACCAAAGCCACAAAAUUCGUUCAGAAAAGAUGACAGUAAAGAAGAAACGUUUUGGGACAAAAUUGGAACACUAGGACGGAAAAAACGCAUUAAAGAAGUACAAGAGGUUCAAGAAGAAGGAAAGUAUGCUAUCGAUUCACCAGGCAAUCCUGCACUUACAGAUGUUUCUCCUGAAGAAUAUACUCUUGAGGAAAAUGAAGAGCGUACAAUGGUCGAGCCAAAAUCGUAUUCGGAUCCCAAAUUAAAAGAAUUGAUGACUAUAUUAAUUGACUGGGUAAAUGAUGUACUGGCAGAUCAUCGUAUUAUUGUAAAAAAUCUGGAACAAGAUCUUUACGACGGACAAGUUUUACAAAAGCUUUAUGAAAAAUUGACAAAUGAAAAACUGGAUGUACCUGAAGUAACACAAUCCGAAGAAGGGCAAAAACAAAAAUUAUAUGUUGUACUGGGAUCAGUUAAUAAUAUUUUGGGAUUAACUGGGAACAGGUUAUCUCAACAAAAAUGGAGUGUGGAAAGUGUUCAUUCAAAAAAUCUUGUAGCAAUUUUGCAUUUACUGGUGUCCUUAGCUCGUCAUUUUAGGGCCCCUAUUCGUCUUCCAGAAAACGUUACUGUAAAUGUAGUGAUUGUUCAGAAACAAAAUGGUGUAUUGAAGAAUAGAACUGUUGUUGAAGAAAUAACAUCUCGUUACGACGAUUUGGGCAUGCGGUGCGAGCGUGAUGCUUUCGAUACACUUUUUGACCAUGCACCAGAUAAAUUGGAAGUGGUUAAAAAGUCGUUGGUGACAUUUGUAAAUAAGCAUUUAAACAAAAUAAACAUGGAAGUCCGAGAUUUGGAUAGCAAUUUUCAUGACGGUGUUUAUUUGACAUUACUGAUGGGACUGUUGGAAGGAUUUUUUGUGCCCUUAUAUUCUUUUUAUUUAUCUCCACAAAAUUUUGAACAAAAGGUACACAACGUAAAUGUUGCAUUUGAUCUAAUGCAAGAAGUUGGAUUAGCUGUUCCGAAAGCUAGACCUGAAGAUAUUGUGAACUUGGAUUUAAAAUCGACGUUGAGGGUGCUCUACAAUCUUUUUACUAAGUAUAAAAAUGUAUUCUAAUUAGAAGACACUAAACAUUAUGUUAUUAAUUUUCCAAAUCAACAUUUACUGUCUUCAAAAUGUCACAGUAGUUAGUUGUAUUGUACAACAGAUAAGCUAUAUUAGUAUAAUAAAUUAAUGUGCUUGUUUUAAUUUA